GUUCUAAAGUGUGACGUCACGCUGUCAUGACGACCAAAAUCUGGGUCUAAACAAAACCUGGAGAUUGAAAGACGGGCGCCAUAUCUGAUUGUGGUGUUAUUGUUUUCCACUAAGUACUCUAAGUAUUUUGGGCGUUAUAUUCCAAAGAAUCAAAGAAAAAACCUUAACUGGACUCCAUAUUUUGGCAGGCUGUAAACUUUCUUCGGCAAUAUCCGAUUUUAGGAAGGAAUCGCUGCGUGCGUAGAGGUCGAUCGCCGCGGGCAAGGCCACAUAGGUCACCAAGAUUGAAUAUGCAGUGCUUCGCUCCCGAUUGUAAUCACCAGUCGGAAUCGCAUUGUUGUCAGUUUUUCCUUUUCCCAAAUGCAGAGAAGAAAAAGGAAGAAUACAGACGUUGGGUUCGCUUGCUAAGGAGAGCUGAUAGAGAUCCCAGCAAGUACUCGAAAGUGUGCAGUUGCCAUUUUAAAGAUGGAAAGAAAUCUAAUGGCCCCACUAUCUUUAAAAGGAAUGCCACUAAAUUAUUCCCCUCACAAGAACCCCCAGUGCAGAAGAAAAAGAAGCCUGUUUCAGAGGCUAAGUUACCUACAGUUAAAGAUAUCUUAGCCAGUAUUAGUGCAACUACAUCAGCAGAAUCUUCAGAAGCCCAGGAUGAUAGUAACAAUCCUCCAACUGAGCAAAUAAUUUUAGAGGCAGAAUUGCACUUAGCAAAGCAAGAGCUGAGCAGUCAACAGGACACCAUAGAGUAUCAAAAGACACACUACUCUGUCUCGAUGAUGACAUCUGAAGUAUUGAGAAUGGAAACUGGCCUACCAACAAAGGAGAUCUUCAAUAUUGUAGUGAAUUAUGCUUCUAAAUUCAAGAAUUCCAUUUCUUAUUAUUGUGGUUGGAAAGUUGAAGCAAUCACCUUUGAGGAUCAAAUCUUCAUAACACUUAUGAAGUUGCCGCAAAACUAUACCAACAUGCACCUGGCACAGCUGUUCUCAUGCAGUGUUGGAACAAUUUCUAACAUUGUUAUAACCUUUGUGCAUGUCUUGCAUAGAUUGUUGUUUGAUGACCUCAUGAGAGUGAUUCCUUCCAGGAACAAGAACAAGCUCUGUUCACCCUCAUCAUUUUCAGAGUUCUCAAGCUGCAGAAUAAUUAUUGAUUGCACAGACAUUGAAGUUGCUACACCAAGCCUUAUGAGUCAGCAAAAUGUCACAUACUCGAGUUAUCGUGGAAUGAAUUCAUUCAAAGUAUUGACUGGGGUAGCACCAAAUGGGGUGUUGACCUACAUCAGUGACCUCUACCCUGGAUCUAUCUCUGACAAAGAGAUUGUUCAACAGUCGGGUCUGUUAAAACAUUUUGUUGCUGGUGAUCUGAUUUUAGCAGACAAAGGAUUUCUCAUUCAAGACAUUGUUCCUAGGGGUGUGUCUGUGAACAUUCCACCAUUUCUUGAACAUGAGAAAUUCACUGAAAGUGAGGCCAAGUUAACCCAGUCAAUUGCUAGAUGUCGCAUACACGUUGAAAGGGCAAAUGCAAGGCUUAAAGAUUUUAAAAUUCUCAGUUUUGUCCCUCCAUACUUAAGGUCUCACAUUGACAAAGUGUUUCAGUUGUGUGGAACUAUCGUUAACUUGCAAUUCCCUUUGAUUAAAGAGGGGUGUGCAGGAACAGACUAUGACUGAGUAUAAACAAGGGAAAUGCUCCUUUUAGUACUUUGACAAAUUGUCUGUCCAAGUAACAUUUAGCAGUUUGUAUUAUAACUUGUUUUUCUUCUAUUGCCAUAAAUAUGUAGUAAGGAGGUUAAACUUUAUGUACUUGGAAAAGUACAUUAAGGGACAGACCCUCUCACUAGGCCUCCAUGGUAUAUUCUAGCAUUUAAGAAAUUAGAGAAAGUGACAUUAUCUUGUUCAAGUUAACACUGUAAUGGUGCCAAAGAAAUGUUACAACAUUUGUUUAAUUUUAUGACAACCCUUAAAACCCUAAUCUGCCCACCAUUCUCUAGACAUGAUCAGGAGAAUUUCUGCUUCAAGCCUUUCAAUCAGUAAUCAGUAUGCAAUUUCUCCACACAAUAUCAUUACAUUGCUAAGCAAACUAGUAAUGGGAAUUGUGAUAAGUAUCAGCUUAAAGAUAUUCAAUUGAUCUCAACCAUCAAAUUCUCUGAAAAGUAACAUGUAAGGAAAUACAUGAAAAUUACUGGGGAGAAUUACUACUUGGAGCUUGGGAGUGAAAGGGUUUAGCUUUGAAGUCCAUUGAUUACCCCCAGCUAUUUGAUUAAAAAAAUGUUUCGUUGACAGAUUUUACAAAAAGUAAGCGAUUAAGUGUUACAUUACACAGUCUUUCUGGUGCAAUAGUUAUAUCUUAAUUAAACUUUAAGGGCAAAGGAUUUUUUUUCCUGGUACUCAGAUCACAUCCCCACUCUAGAGCAAGUACAUGCAUAUAUUUGUCAAAGUCUCACAUAUAAGACUCUACAUACCAAAAUAUGUUUUGUAAUUUUUCAUGCAGAGCUCUUGGUAACAUGUGUGAUAAUUUUGCCAAAUGUGCCCCAAAAUGGUGAGGUUUAUUCAUAGGCUUGUGAACUAAAGUGCAAUUGAUUAUUAUAAAGUGCAAUAAAUCAUUUUAACAUA